UAUCUUUGUUUUUUUUUUCUUCUUUUUAUAAAUAUAAUAUCAAAUAUGACAAAGGACCUUGAUCAUAUGCUAAAAAAUUUAGAAAAGCAAAUAAAAGACUUUACUUUGACAAUGGAUAACCACCAACCUGUUGAUACAAUAGAGUCGUUUGGUUCAGAAAAACAUGACCGAAAUGAGAAUACAACUAGGAAUUCAGACGAUGUACCUUUACAACUUUAUUAUUCUAAAACCCAUGCUAUGCAUGAAAAUAAGCGUACAUUUAAAGAAGAAAGUAUGUCUACAGCUAGAGUCUUACAACGAUCUCAAACCGCCCGUCGACCUGUUAAUGUGAAUACGGAGAUGAAUAAAUUAAGCCAAUCAAAAUCAAUGAGAGCACCAGCUGGAAGAAAUAAUAAAUACAAUAAGGAAAAUGGUCAUCUAUCUGCUGAGGAUGAAGAGCUUCGAUUAGCUAUGCAAAGAGCUUGGGCUGUAUUAGAAACAAAUAAUAAUAAUGAAAAUGGAAUGGCAGAGGCAACAGAACCACAACAUUCAAAAGUAUCAAAUAAUAUGAUGAGUAGUACAGGACGUAUUCAAACUGUACCUUUAAAAACUUUAACAAUUCGAAUUUAUAUUGAUGAUGCAAAAACGUAUAAGGCUGUACAGCUUACAAAUCUUUUGACAACGGCUAUGAUUGUACAGUAUUUAAGAAAGAAAGGCUUAAUAGACAACUCUGAUGAUUGGGCUUUAUUUGAAAUUGAUAAUAGCCGGGGAGUAGAGAGACCUCUUCGUGAAUGGGAAAUUGUAUUAAAUGUAUUAACUGCAUGGGAUGCGGAUGCAAGUAAUGCUCUUCUUGUAAAAAAAUAUUCAUAUCAUCAUACUUUAACUUCUGAGUGUGUUUUACAAAAGAAAAUUGCUCCAAUGCAUGGUUGGUUAUCUAUAGAGUAUAAGAAAGGAAAAUGGCAAAAGAGAUACUGCUUUAUUAAAGAGAAUGCUAUUUAUCAUGCAAAAGAUAAUCAGGGAACUUCCUCUUCUAUCUUAUGUCAUUUAGCUACUUAUGAUGUCUAUACUUUAUUUCAGCCUUUAAAGAUUAGCCCAACUCCUUAUUUGUUUGCUAUCAAAGCUCAAGAGAAAUCAAGCAUGUUUGAAAAAGAAAGUGAUUAUAUUCGAUUUUUAGCUGUAGAAGAUCAAACAGCUUUGAGAGAUUGGGUUUUAAGUAUCCGAUGCGCAAAGAGUUAUAUUCAAUAUCAGCAUUAUCCUAACCGAGUGAUAAACCCAUUAGCUCCUAUUUCAUUAGAGUGUAUAUUAGAAGAUCAAUCCACAAAUAGUAUUCGAAGACAUAAAUCGACAAGAGAUUUAAAUAGUAAUUAUCAUAAAUUAGUAGAAGAACCACAGUCAAAGAAUUCGUUACCUCGAAGUGAUUCUACUCGUCGUACUGGAGGAAGCGAAAGGCGACCAUCAGCAGCAGCAGCAGUUGCAGCAAACAAUAAUCCUACUCAAGGCCUUUCUCGUAACCCAACUUUAAAAAAUAAUACAGAUGUCAGCAAUAAUAGUCUAUCAGAUGCUCCUUUAAUUGAUUGUUCUGGAUCUCCGACAUUUGCCAAAGGAUCUUUGCUUGCCAGAGAAGAGCAACCAGAUCAAAUCCUUUAUAGGCAACAACAACAACAACAGCAGCAGCAGGACUUACGUCAACAACACGAAGAAACGAGUAAUACGUUAAUUCAUAUUGAAGAUCGUAUCAAGUUUUCAAAAGGUUCAUUGCUUGAUCAAAAAGAAAAUGGUCAUAAUUCAACUCCUGUCAAGAUGUCAAGAUCUGUAAGUACGCGUGAAGUUUCUUCAUCCAAUAAUAUAAAUGGAGGAGAACAUCGAAGACACGUAUCUCUUCGAAGAAAGCCUACUACUGGCAAAAGAUUACAACACUAUGAUGUACCCCUUCCAAACAAUGCUGCUAUUGCUUCUUUACCUUCACCAUCUCCGCCAGCCUUACCCUCUCAUAAUAUAAAUAUAAACAAUACCAUUACUACUACUGCUAAUAAUACUACUACUACUGCUACUACUACUUUGCUUCAAAUAGACGAUACACCAGAAAGAUUUCAUACAAGAGAAUUACGUGAACGUCAUGUCAAGCCUUUAUUAGAUUUUGAUUCUGAUAAAAGACUUACAACGAGAAAAUAAUAAUAAAAAUUAUACACAUAUUAUAUUAUACAUAUACAAAUAGAUACAUAUUGGGUUUUUUUUUCUUU